UGUAUGUAGUUUUUAUUGAAUUGUGCCAUUCAUAGACACAAUUAUUGACUGCCGCACAAUUAUUCCAAGAACCCUACGAACUCAUGAUUGUUUAUCAUACUGAUGCUUAUCUCUUCCAUUAGAUUUAAUAUUUUAUUUAUUUCUUGCACAGUUAGGCGAACUACUGUCACUUUUGGGCCUCCUUCACUUCAGCAACAAGUAGCUGCAACUCCACUUGUUUCAACAAUGGAUCUGCAAGUAACAACAACUAAUACUCCAACUCCAGGAAUCGUGGCCCAGCUACCAACAGCCCCUGUUAUUACGCAGCUACCAACAGCCCCUGUUAUUAAGCAGCCGUCUCCCUAGUCUCGCGCUUCAGACAAUUGGCAAACAACAGAUGAAACGCAGUUUGCUGAUGCUGUUGGCCCUGUUUAUUGGUGUGAAAUGGAGUUGACUUCACCAGGCCAGCAAAAUCUGCUUCACAUUACUCAUGAUAUGUUUUCGAUUCUUGAGAAGGGAAGUCCCCUUGCAUCAUUCAUAAGGUCUCCUUUUUUUCGAGGAAGCUCGAUGCCGGUGGUUUUGCGUAGCACGAAAACAGCUGGACUUCCAUUUAUAGGGUUCCCGGGCUUGCUACAUCAUCCGGGAGGACCUAGUUGUGGAGUAGACCUUACUUGGCCAGCCUUGGGAAAAUUCUUUCCUCCCCCUAUGACUAUCCAAUUGUCUUACUUGUGGAAAGUUUCUGGGGAGAAAUAUAUGCUUCAGAUAGGGGUUAUUGAGCGUGCUGGGCCACCUACAGAUGGUGGGCGAACAGAAGGUGCUGCUCCAACAGAUGGAGAUGUUGCUGGUCAAACAGGUGCUUAAAAAUUUGGACAUUUGACAAGGAACAUUACUAGUGCAGCAUAAUAUCUACUGGGUGGAGAGGAGUAUAUACUAUAAUUUAAUUGUCUUAAUAGACAAAUGUUUGGUUUUUGAGAACUCUUUCUAUAAGUUUAGUUUUUGAUGGUCUGUAAUAACUCUAACUACAAAACAUAUUUCAUU